UCCUCUCGUCGAACGAAGAAUAAUCCGGUUCGUUGAACUGCUAGGGAAGUGGAUAUUUGGUGGGGGUAUUUAGUGCAGAUUCAUACGAUUCGGACAUUUCCCUUGUUUCCGGUGCAGCAUUCAGUUUGACUUCAUUUGCUUCGAGCAGGAGGAAACCAGAGAAAGAGAAUGUGACCGUACCGUGAGCGUGGCUUGUCAGCGAGCUUUGGCUUCCUCGCUGCUGAGGUCGUGGCAUCGGCCAGUCAAGGCUUGGCGGUAAAUUUUUUGGUUGCAACCAACGUCGCAGAAUCAUCGAAUAAAGGCGUCUCUUAGGCCGGAAACAGAAAAGUAGUGUCCUCAAGGGAUGUUCAGACCAUGGAUUUUCAAGACAUGAGGGGUGCGUGAUCCUACAAGUCAAUGUCACUGUAGUUUUAGGUUGAUUUUGGCAAGUGCCUCUAUUGAUAUUCAACCGCAGAGGAAAGAGAAAUCUCUGGAGGAAAAAGCCCGGGGGCGCCUGGCUGGUGAAUCAUUUGUGGAGGCGUCUCAUGUUGACCACUGAUUUUCCAAUUGCUUCGUGGUUUCCACGAGGAUAGUCACAAAAAUCAUGAGGCUGCUGGAUUUUUCAUGUCACAUCAGGCCCUAGAUUAGUUGUUCUAACGUAGCCGAUUGCAACAGAGCUUCAUCGAUGAAUUCCGGCGGCCUGUCGUCCUGGAAAGAUGCGGUGGACCGAGCUCUCGGUUGCAGUAGCCGCGAUCUUCCAGGACAUCCUAAAGACUGCAACAAUAUUAGAACAGAUAGUACAACGGUGGAGAGAAAUACAAACAACGCUAAAAUGGAGCGACGCAGAUCGAAAAAGCAACUUUCAAUCGAAAUUGAGCAGAAGCAAGGCGGCACCACACACCCUGCAGCGCCUAUGGAUCCCCAGAUCUGGGGAAACCUCCCAUUCCACUUACUGGAGUCCAUUCUAGCCUGGCUUCCAGUCUCAAGUUUGCUUAAACUCCGUUGCGUCUGCAAAAGUUUUAACAACAUUGUCUACUCCCCAAGUCUGUGGGAGACCUCGCGACGGAUUCGUAGUUCGACAGCGUGGUAUCUAUUUCGAGGAGAGGGGCGUGAAUGUGUGGCCUUCAAUCCGCAGGCUGAUAGCUGGUGUAAUCUCCCGCUUGGAUUUCUGCCCAGCUCCAAGGGAAGAGUUGUUGCUACCGCUGGUGGGCUGCUCUGCAUGCGACAGGGUGAGAAGAUGAUCAUUUGCAACCCUCUCAGCAAAACGUGGGUGGAGCUUCCUCCCAAGCGGAACACAUGGAAAUUCCCAAUCGUUGGAAUGGUAAUGGACACGAAGACGAAAGAGUACAAGGUGGUGGUAGCAGGAAGCAACUCCGCAAGCUGGGGCAAGAAUCUUGUCACCGAGGUUUACAGUUCACUUACCCGAGCAUGGAAAGUCGUUGAAAGUCAUCCUGUGCAACAUCUAUAUCAAACCAGUGCUAUCCAUUGCAAUGGUUACCUCUACAGUGCAGGAUUUGAUGCAAUUCUAGCCUACGACCUGCAGCAGGAGAAAUGGAGAGAGCUGAAAGGGCCUGCCCUGCAAAAUACGCAGCUCAUGCUACCACAAAUCUGUGAGUGCAAUGGCUGCUUACUUAUGGUCGAGGUGGUGAGCGAGCACUUCCUCAUGUCCCGAGUCUCCAUUUGGGCACUGCGGCAGUUCGACAACCAGUGGUUUAAGCUGACCUCCAUGCCACACAAAAUUCUUGAGGAAGUCAUCAGUAUCUCUGGAACGAGACUGUUCACAUACUUCGGGCAUGGCGACCUCAUCUGUUUUACUAUCGCUAGACGAAGAGUCCUGGUGUACAGUAUGAGCCGAAGGAUGUGGAGAUGGCUGCCGCGUUGUCCAUUCGUGCAAGGAUUUGCGCGUCGAUUCACAACUUUAGCUUAUGAGCCUCGAGUGGAGGCCAUGAUUUGAGAAGUCUAGACGUCCUCAUCAGAUAUCGCAAUACACGAAUAAGACGCCAAUGACGUGAAGAGGGAGCUGUAAUAUGUCGCAAUGUUAAUCAGCUUUAGAACUGUUGCAGAUUUUGCAGGAAAUGCGACACAAGGGCAGCAUGCCUGGGAACACGAUUAAUUCUACUCUAGCCUCAGAGCUGAACCCUACAGCCUAAUGCCCUGGACACUUCACUACUACAUCACAAAUAGGACGGUUUCUGGUCAAGUGGGGCCAGAAUAGCUUUAAAAAGAAAGUUGGUUUGUGAACCGUUGGAUGCAAGGAACCAGAUGGUAUGGAGCAUUCAGAACAUCACUUUUAUGAGACGUUUCAGUUUGAAGCAACCACUAACCAACUAAGUUGUCAACGUGUAGAGAUUUUUUAUUUUUGUAUACUCUUCUAAAUCCAACACGUCGCCAACCGAGUGGAAAGAAAAACAGGAUUGUAGCCUCGUCACAAUCCUUUGUCUCGUCUGCAAAAUUGAUCGAAACUGACCCAAAUAGGAAUUACAGUUACCGCUACUGUCUAUGACUAUCA